AGUCCCUGAGAUUCAGUAUCUCUUUUUUCAGUCUUGAGGCUUUUUAAAAAGAGCCAGAAGUCUCAAUGUUGGACGUGCUAUGACAGCGUCAUUACUACUACAUCCACGCUGGAUUGACCCGGUGAUGUUCCUUUACGACAACGGUUUAGAUGAAGUGAAUAAAAACAUGGACGGAUUUGCGGGAGGCAACUUUGCUGCGAACCAAUGCAGGAAUCUGAUGGCCCAUCCUGCAUCCCUGGCUCCUAGCACUGCUUAUACAUCGAGUGAAGUGUCAGCUUCUGGCAUUGCUGAACCUGUCAAACAGUGUAGCCCCUGUUCUGCAGCUCAGAGUUCUUCUAGUGCUUCUCUUCCGUAUGGAUACUUUGGCAGCGGCUAUUAUCCUUGCAGGAUGGCACAUCAGAGUAGCAUUAGAUCCUGUGCACAGCCUUCAGCCUAUGCAGAAAAGUACAUGGAUACAUCAGUCUCCGGAGAAGAAUUCACGUCUAGAGCAAAAGAACUGGCUUUUUACCAGGGCUAUACUACUAGCCCAUAUCAGCACGUACCGAGCUACUUAGAUGUUCCGGUAGUCCCGACUAUUAGCGGCCCUGGAGAGCCGAGGCAUGAUACAUUGUUGCCAAUGGAAAGUUACCAGCCUUGGGCGAUCACAAAUGGGUGGAACGGGCAAGUUUACUGCUCUAAAGAACAAACCCAGCCAUCACAUCUCUGGAAAUCCACGAUGCAAGAGGUUGUCACACACCCUGGGGAUGCAAAUUCAUUUCGUCGAGGAAGAAAAAAACGAGUUCCUUAUACUAAGGUGCAGCUUAAAGAACUCGAGAGGGAAUACGCGACCAACAAAUUCAUUACGAAGGACAAGCGAAGAAGAAUAUCGGCUACUACUAACUUGUCGGAAAGACAAGUCACAAUUUGGUUUCAGAACCGGAGAGUAAAAGAGAAGAAAGUUGUUAAUAAGCUAAAGACAAGCUAGCGAUACGAUGAUACGAUGUCACCAUGGACAAAUUAACUUAAAAAGUGACCAACAAAACAAAAUACUAAAUGUACACAGUUCUCUCCAGCAGUGUCUGUUAACUUCAGUUUCAUAGGUAAAUAUGAAGAAAAUAUUGUUCUCUGAAGUGUUCCAAAGGUAACGUCGUAAAAGAGAAAAACAAACACACACAAGGUUACGCAAUUGCUGUAGAAACCUGAACAAUUGAUGUAAAUAUAUUAAAAAGCUUCAAGCUUCUAUGGUUAGUUUGUAACUACAUUUGUAUUAUAUUUCACAAAGCAUGUAGAAAUAAGGGGGUAUUAAAUAUUGUACAGUUAAAAUAUGUACUGAUCUGUACUGCAUGGUUGUUAAUGCUCAGGUAAUUUUUCAGUCUUAGAAAAGUAUAAAAUAUGCAUUUAUACACUCAUUCUUUUUUUAAGUGGAAACAGAUUAUUUAAUGGGCACUGAAAUAGAUUUCAUUUGCGUUAAUCACAAAAGCAUGUGUUAAAUAUAUAAAAGCUUAACUUUUUAUGAAAGAGGCAGUUUUUCAACUUGAGUUUUUCAGCUAUUGAAAAUAUCAUUCUACAUUCUGUACAAUUUCAUAAUUAUAAAUUACAUAAUAUUUCACAAGUUGAUGACUUCAUUAUACUUUAUUGAUAAAAUGUUGGUAUUAUUGUUUCACUGUUUUAAAAAUAUCUAUGAAUAAACGAGUACCAAAUGUAAAAAAUGCUUCUGACAGGUUGCCUAUAUAAAUCAUGUUGAAUAUCUAAGCAAAGAAAAUAAUAAAUUCAAAGAAUAUUCUGUCCA